UUUGGUAUGAAUGUUUAACUCUAAGGCUCUCAGAACAGUUGAGAAAGUCAGGUGUCAGGAAUCUCUGAAGGCAGUUGGGUAACUGAAGUGAUUCUGGUGUUGCUUAGGACGUGAGAGUAGCUAAACAGGUUGAGGUGCUUCCCAGAGGCCUUUGGGUAUCUCUCCAAUUUGGUUCAGGUAACUCACAGAAAGCUCCAGGUAAUUUGGGAGAAUGUGUUUCUCAAAAGGAUUUGCAUUUCAGAUAUCUUUUAGUGAAGCUCUGGGUUCUUUUAGAGCGAUUCAGGUCUUCAGUCUAAUGGGACGAUGUGUCUCUGAAGGGGUUAUGCCUCCUUCAUCUGACCAGGAGCAUCUUUAAGGAAUGUGUAGGUUUUUUUAAAGAGGUUCAUGGAUAGUCAAGGAAGUUUUAAAUAUCACUGAGGGUGAUUAGAGGAAGUGAAUGGAAAGAAAGUCUCUUUGAUGCUUCUGAUGACCCAAUUUGACUUGAUGAGGAACAGGAAGUGGUUUAAACUGAGCAGGUUCACACAGAGCACUAGAAACACGGGGAGGAGCACUCACUCUGACCAAUUUCUGCAAGCUCAUACUUGGUGCUUUGGGUCUUUCUGGUUGCUGUGAGGAGUGAGUGGUCUGUCUAACAGAGAGGAUCUUUGGCUGCAGCAGUAGAGGAAACUUGGAGCUGCAGAGUGAAGUUUGUCAGAAACAGGAGGAUCUUCAUCACUUCAUCACUCUGUUUCCCUCUGGCUUCUGAUCAAACCAGUUGAUUUCUGUGGACUAUCAACUCCGAGAUCAUGAAGGACCAAAACUAUAAGGAUGAGGUGACCAAGAUUCUGGAGGAAGCUCCAGGCGCCAGGAAAGCUCUGCAGGAAAACUAUCAAAACCUGCUCAACGUGGCCGAUUACUGUUACAACACCUACACCCAGUCAGGUGAAAACAGCAAGAAGGCAUUGGAAGAAACUAAAAACUUUGCCACCCAGUCAUUAGCCAGUGUUGCAUAUCAGAUCAGCACUCUGGCUAACAGCGUCCUGAGUCUGCUAGACGCUCAGACAAAUCAGCUUCGCCAGAUGGAGUCCUCCAUAAAUCUGAUUGGUCAGACCAUAGAAAUGCAUAAAGAGAAAGUUGCACGGAGGGAAAUCGGUGCCUUCACGGCAGUCAGACGAGUUCCUCGCAACCAUAAGAUCAUCCCUCCAACUGGCACACAGCCCCGCCUAUCGUACAGCCGCCGACCAAUCAACUACCAGCAGCUAGACGACAUCGGCCAUGGCAUAAAGGUCUCUGGGAAACAGCCGGAGAAAACGGGAACAAUCCGGAAACACGGAGCCUCCAUCAGGUCCAACAAAGCCCCUGAGCCAGUUCAGUGCCCUGUGGCUCCCCCUGCUGGAGGGUCCAGCUUUGGGAAACCUGUAGCUCCGCCCACUAUCCCCCCCAUUGGCCAGGCUCCACCUGACUGUGACAUCCUCACCAGUUUGCUGGAUGAAGCUCCACUUCCUCCUCCUCUCCCUGAUGAGGCUUCGCCUCAGAGUGGGGGCGUCAUCUCCGGCCUGCCCCCUCCUCCUCCGCCUCCUGAUUCCUCAGGAGUGAUGGUGGCUCCAACAGCUCCUCCUCCUCCUCCUCCUCCUGGCUCCUCAGGGGUUGUGAUCAGUCAAAGUGCUCCACCUCCUCCUCCAGCACCUCCUCUGCCUCCUUCUUCUGGGGUUGUGAUCAAUAACAGUGCUCCUGAUCCUCCUCCAAUCGCACCGCUCACCCUGGAAACAGUGGUGGAGGAGAACAGCGUGCCACCUUCUCCCCCUCCCCCUCCCUCUGAUAAUGAUGGCUUCCCGCCAUUACCCAAUGACGGCUCAGAUUUUCUGGCCCCGCCCCCACCGCCUCCACCUCCCCAGGAAGGAGACGUGACCCUCACAUCUCGGAGGAGUCGCCGCCGGCGCUCGCCUCCAACCACUCGCUCUGUCUCUCUGAGGGUCCGCUCAGGCCCAGCCUCUCGCUGCCGCUACACUCGCUCUCUCUUCUUGCCUGCAGUCCAGUCAUUCAGGAUUCCCCCUCCUCCUCCCUAUCCUCCCCCUCAUGCCCCUCCAGAGCCCAGCGCUUCUUCGUCCUCCUCUUCCUCUUCUCCCUUCCCCCUGCUCUCUCGCUCUUCCUCUGCCUCCUCUCGGCUCUGCUUACCUGCUCGUCUUGAACACCUGGAUCUUCAGAUCUUAGCCCCGCCCCCUCCUCUUCCAUUGGAUGAUAUUGGAGAAUUUGAUGACAUCACGCCGCCCCUUCCUCCUCCAGUGGACUAUGACAUCAACGCUCCCCCAGACUACCUGGAGAAAGUGGUGGCGCUGUAUACUUACGAGGCCUCCAAGCCUGACGACCUCCCUCUAACUGAGGGGGACAUCAUCUACGUGAUGCGUCGCCAUGACGACGGCUGGUAUGAGGGCGUCUGUAAUGGCCGGGAGGGCUUCUUCCCGAACAACUACGUCCAGACAUGUGACUAGAUGAAGCCACGCCCCUUUUCUGUUGCUAUGGAGUUGCUUAUUUUUCUGUUUUACUCAUCAAACAAGUUAUAGAGAAACAUUAUUAUUCCAGCUGUUAGUAGGUCAUUAAUAUUUGUCUGAGUGUAAAUAACGGAAAUAAAAGUGUUUUACCUGAAAAGCUCC